AGAUGGCCGCUGCCAGUAACUUCCAUGUGCUAAUCAUUUGAUCGCAUAAGUUGAUUUAGCUGUCUUAAAAGUUUUUACCACUUGUUUAAUUGUAUCCGAUUAGCAGUGCUGGCCACGUAUCAAGGGACGGACGUUCAAAGAAGGCUUCAAAAAUGCAACACGACGACGUUAUAUGGGAUCUUAUCGGCAAUAAGAGUUUUUGUUCCUACAAAGUAAAAACUAAAACCCAACAGUUCUGUCGAAAUGAAUACAACAUCACAGGACUUUGUAAUCGGUCGUCAUGUCCUCUUGCUAACAGUCAGUAUGCUACUGUAAGAGAAGAAAAAGGUCUUUGUUAUCUCUACAUGAAAGUUAUUGAGAGAGCAGCAUUCCCCGCUCGCAUGUGGGAGAAGGUGAAACUUGACAGAAACUAUGCGAAGGCCUUGGAACAGAUUGAUGAAAACCUCAUCUAUUGGCCGCGAUUCAUACGACACAAAUGCAAACAGCGCUUAACAAAGAUCACACAGUAUCUCAUUCGAAUCCGCAAACUCACGUUGAAAAGACAGAGAAAAUUGGUUCCACUCAGUAGAAAAGUAGAGAGAAGAGAAAAGAGGAGAGAGGAAAAAGCCCUGAUUGCUGCUCAGCUGGAAAAUGCCAUUGAAAAAGAACUGCUAGAACGUCUAAAACAAGGAACUUAUGGAGACAUUUACAACUUCCCCAUCCAUGCCUUCGAUAAAGCUAUGGAAAAACAGGAUGAGAUUGAAUCUGAAUUGGAGGAAGAGGAAGAUGAUGAAGAGGAGUCUGGGCAGAGAGAAUUUGUUGCUGAUGAGGAUUUUGAAGAGAGUGAUCUCAGCGACUUUGAGGAAUUGAACAACCUUAAGGGCAGCAGUGAUGAAGAGGAGGAAUCCAGUGAAGAAGAAGUAGAAGAAGAGAUGGAAGAGGAGAGCAAGGCAAAAUCGAAAGGAAAAGCUCCACUGAAAGGGCCUAUCAGGAAAAAACGGGCGUAUGUGGAGAUAGAAUAUGAACAAGAGACAGAACCAGCUCAGAAAAGCAAAGCUACAUAAGGACUAAACUACCGAUCACAUCACUCUGCUGCCUUUCAAAUUAUGGAGCUGUUGUUGUAGAACAACUGUAAUCAAUAACAAUGUACAGUGAUGCAUAUUAACACACACACAUCCACCAAAACCCCAAAUCUGGGAUUGUUUGUUUAAACUGAAUGCUGUUGCUAAGCAUAAAUGUUCUCUUUUUCUUUUUUACAGUUGUGUACAUCAGGGUCAGCUUUAUUUGACCCUUAUUCAUAUUAUGAGAAACCUUAGAAGUAGCUGGUAAAAUAAUAGCUACAAUAAUGCAUUCUGACAGCUGUCACUUAAAAUAUGUCUGAAUAAAUUGAGAACUAUA